AUGGCCGCCGCCUCGCCCUGCGCGGAGCCGGCCGCCCGGAACAAGCCGGACAACACGGCCUUCACGCAGCAGCGCCUCCCGGCCUGGCAGCCGCUGCUGUCGGCGGGCACCGCGCUGCCGCUCUUCUUCUGCGUGGGCCUGGCCUGCCUGGCGCUGGGGCUGGGGCUGCACUUCUCCUCGGACACCAUCCGCGAGCUGGAGCUCGACUACACCGGGGCGCCGGGCAGCGGCCACAACUGCUCCCGCUGCGCCAACGCCAGCCUGGCCGGGGCCGGGGGCUGCACCUGCUCGCUGCGCUUCGAGCUGCCCGAGCGCUUCCCGGGGCCCGUGUGCCUCUACUACCAGCUCUCCAACUACUACCAGAACCACCGGCGCUACGGCGUCUCCCGCGACGACCUGCAGCUCAGCGGGGACGCCUCGGGGCUGAGCAACCCAGCCACGGAGUGCAGCCCCUUCCGCACGGACCCCCAGGGCAUCCCCAUCGCCCCCUGCGGGGCCAUCGCCAACAGCCUCUUCAAUGACACCUUCGCCCUCUACCACCUGGCCAAUGGCACCUUCUACCCCGUGCCCCUGGACAACCGAGGCAUCUCCUGGUGGACCGACUCCAACAUCAAGUUCAGCAACCCCGAACUCGUCAAUGGCAGCCUGGAGGCCGCCUUCAAGGGCACAACCAAGCCCCCCAACUGGCCCCAUGCUGCCUACAUGCUGGAUACGGGCAACCCCAACAAUACCGGCUUCAUCAACGAGGACUUCAUCGUGUGGAUGCGCACCGCUGCUCUGCCUACCUUCCGCAAGCUCUACCGCCGCGUGCGUGAGGGCAACUUCUCCUCUGGCCUGCCCCGAGGCACCUACCGUCUCGACAUCACCUACAACUACCCCGUUCUCUCCUUCCAGGGCACCAAGAAGGUCAUCUUCAGCACUGUUUCCUGGAUGGGUGGCAAGAACCCCUUCCUGGGCAUUGUCUACCUGGUCUUUGGCUCCGCCUGCAUCCUCACUGGCUUUGUCAUGCUGGCUGUGCAUAUCAAGUUCCAGAAACAAAACCAGAUGGAUGUGGAAUAG